AUGUUUCGCGAAAAGCGGCGAAUCGUUCUAUUAAUUCUCCUCGCGAGUUUUCACUGUGCACUCGGCAAUGACGGGGCGAACAGAGCAAAUGAGAAGAGACACGGUGGUACGAAUAACUAUCAAAUGUGCCUCGAUAGCUUUGACAUUCAUAGAGAUAAGAUUAUCAAGACUCAAGACUCUCGUGACAUGGGUGCUAAGUACCUGAGUGUGUUGGACGUGGACUCUAGAUUGGAUUGUUUGAAGUAUUGCUGCGAAACCGAGCGAUGCGAUGUGUUUAUCUUCGAGGAGAAGAAACCAGGUAGUUGCUAUCUUUUUCAAUGUGGUCCACUGCAUGAUUUCAAGUGCAAAUUUACAAGACAUGCUAAUUAUACCAGUGCUGUACGCACUAGUUAUCCAAUACAGAAUGUACAAGUAGAAGAAGAGGUCAGGAUAUCUCAACAGGAGCACGAGUUAAAAUCACUUAGGAAAAGUAGCGAGAAUACAUUGGAUUAUGGAUUUACAGAGACUGCUAGCAAAUCUAUAGUCACCCAAAUACCAAAAGUAAUACUAACUACACCCACGUCGGUUAAACCAGCUUGCAGUAGAAAUCAAUACGAGUGUCGUUCAUCUAGAGACUGUAUAGCUAUAUACAACGUUUGCGAUGGCAUUCCACAAUGUACAGACGGUUCUGACGAAGCGGCUGAUCUUGUCUGUCCCACGGAAAAACCGACUGUUUCUCCAAAUAUACAAGUGCCGCAUUCGCCCGCCGAUAUUCUACGAUAUCCGCAAAUGGUCGAGCAGCGCAAGCUUCUCCCUCCAUUUUAUCCUGCUGCGCCAGAGAUUAAUCCUAAAACUUGGGAGAUAUCAAAUUUAGCCCAUCAAAUAUCACAGCCACAAAAUAUUCUGUAUCCUGGUCAACCAAUGGAGUUACCGCAAAUGCAUAAGAAUUAUGGUUCCCCAGGGUAUCAGUGGGAUUAUCAGCCUCUAUAUGAACAAAAUAAGGAGCCAUAUGUUCCUGUAAAUAAUUUCCGUGAACAAAAUAUAAAUUCUUAUGAACAACAGCCACAUAUAUUUAAUCACAAAGGUUCGAGCGUUAUAGAAAAUAAUGAAGCAGACAGAGGAGUGUACAUAGAUUCUAAGCAUCCAUAUACUUCACAUUUUCCAUCACCAAAUAAGAUACCUUGGCAAAAUAAUCCAAUACAAUUGUUACCAUCCAUUGCACCAAAUUCUCAACAUAAGCAAACUGGUGAUGUAGAAGAUUCUGCUAAAAUUACAACAACCCCUGUCUGUGAUACUUCAGAAGAACAUAGAAAUGAAUUGACACAGAAUAAAGAAUUUGUUAAAAAGGAAGAAAAAGCUGACACGCAUCUAAUACAUACAAAAGUGAGCAAACAAGUUACUGAAAAAUCAACUGUAUUAGCAAAUGACAUUACCAAACAUAAUCAUGCAAAAGAAUCAAAAGAUCAUAAAAGUAUAAUUGUAAUCGAGGAUCAUCAUAUGAGAGCACAUGAGAAAACCGACAUUAUUGCGGAACAUCUUCAAAUAAUCGAGGACGAUGUUUUAAGCCCCAAAGGAGCAGUGGUAUCAUUAUCACUAGGACUCAUAGCAACUGCGAUCACGGCUGCUUUAAUUGUUUGCCGGUUACGAGUGGUGAAACGACGUGGCAGAUGCGGACAUGGACCUUACGCGCAUGAUGCCGAUUAUUUGGUUAACGGAAUGUAUUUAUAAACAGAUAUACAAAGAGGAGAAUUGUUCUUAAUUCUAGUCACAAUCUAGUCGCUUAAAUAUAUCUAUCAUAUUUUCAUACCACAUUGUAUUUCUCCAAAAGAAAUUGCUAGACAAAAUUUCUUCAAAUAAUAAUCACUUAUCCUAAACAUAAGUGAAAUUUUGUUAUGACAUUUGCAUUGUACAAAGUUGCUAGCAUUUUAUGUUUCCAAUUACUGCUAAGCAUUUUGAUAUAUAUAUAAAAA